AAGGGCUAGACUGGCGGCAUUUUUGACGUGGCGAGACCCGAUUCGCCUGCUGCGCUCAUCUCAGUUAAAUAGGAUCCAAAACUCCACAUAAGAGGAAAAACCGUUACAAGGAAAGAGAGAUCAGAGAUGUCGUCACACAAUAACAAUUCAGCGUCGGUCAACGACCCGAGACAACCGUCGGCGGCGAAGCCCUUUGUGGCGCAGCCGAUGUCGCCUCAAGAUCUCCCCGUCGAUUAUUCCGGUUUUAUUGCCGUGGUUUUCGGCAUCGCGGGCGUAAUGUUCAGGUACAAGCUGAGCUCGUGGCUAGCAAUCAUAUUCUGCGCCCAAUCACUGGCGAAUAUGAGGAACGUCGAGAACGAUCUCAAGCAGAUUUCUAUGGCUAUGAUGUUUGCUAUCAUGGGAUUAGUAACAAACUAUUUGGGACCAGCUCGACCAGGCACACAGAGUUAACUCAGAUUCUGUAGUUUAGUAUGCACAUUUCUUUUUGUAUGAUGAUUUCAUAUUAUGAAGUUGGAUAUAUGGUGACCUUAUUCAAGUUUCCUUCUGUCAGAUGAUGAUUCCUGUUCCGUUUCCAUUAAUCUUAAUUUUUACAGAGGGGUGAGUGAUGCUACAAAUGUGAUGAUUGUUUUGUACUUACGAAGCUGAAAAUCCUAUGUUUACAUAUGCUCAUAAUAUUGAUGACAAUGCAUUUGUAUUUUCAUGGUCA